GCCCCCUGCAGUAACUCUGAGGACCCCCUCUUGAGGACCUCUGGGCUAAAGUCCCCCUAUACCCCCGUUUAACCAACUUGUAACUAGAACGCGAGCAAGGUCAGUCGCCUACAUAUCCCAGAAUUCUGAGCAACCGUGUAUUUGGACUGAACCUGUUGUGCUGCUCUCUUUCAGCACCGGGACUGCCCAGCGAGUUUUACAAUGCAGCCCUUUCAGUCUUUAUUCUUUUUCUUCAAAUUAAUUACAUGUUUGGCUGAAUCUACGUGGUUUACGGAGAAGAAAACAGUAACGUGAAAUGGAGAUCACUCGAAACAGACCGUCCUUGUAUGGAGAAAUCGCUCAUGGUCUUGGAUUCUGGACAGGCCGAUCAGCAGUGCAUGAGGCUGCUGCACAGGGCAGGGCCCUUCAGCUACAGCAGCUGAUUGAGGGAGGUGCAGCAGUUAACAUCGUGGCAGUCGACUCCAUAACCCCCCUGCAUGAGGCGUGUAUACAGGGACAGACCCAAUGCGUCAGAUUGCUGCUGGAUGCUGGUGCACAGGUUGAUGCUCGUAAUAUAGAUGGCAGCACUCCGCUGUGUGAUGCCUGUGCAGCCGGUAGCCUUGAAUGUGUCAAGCUGUUGCUGGAGUACGGAGCAACAGUUAAUCCUCAGCUGUUUACCUUCUCCCCACUUCACGAGGCUUGCAUGGGAGGGAAUUCCGAUUGUGUUCAGCUUAUGAUUAAUCAAGGCGCUUUCAUGGAGGCCCAUGACUGCCAUUAUGGGACACCGCUUCACGUAGCCUGUGCAAGGCAACAUUUUGACUGUGCAAAAGUUCUCCUCAUUGCAGGGGCAAAUGUGAAUGCUGCCAAGAUACAUGAGACGGCCCUUCAUCAUGCAGCCAAAUCAAAAAGCAUUGACCUGAUUGAUCUACUCGUGGAGUUUGGGGGGAACGUGUACGCCAGAGAUAACCUGAACAAAAAACCCAUCCACUACACGAGUCCAGGAUCUCCCCCUUAUCUCUGCCUUGAGUUCUAUGAGAAUACCCCCCUCAGUCUACAGCAGAUCAGCAGAGUGGCUGUGAGAGGGGCGCUCGGCACAAGAGCAUCUGAAGUUGUUUUCAAACUGGGCUUGCCCAAACGCAUCAUAAGUUUUCUUUCUUACAUGCCACCUCCAGUUAUCGAAAUUUAAGCACCAAUGGGAAGCUUAACAGUAUACUAAUAUUUAUGCAUUAAAAUGUCUAAAAAAUAUUAUUUUAUAAAUGUAUAUUUUAAGUUGCGUACUUAAAUUAUCCAAAAUGUUUCUAACAAUGUUCAAACCUAGAGGAAUCUGUCAUUUUAAUCAAUGACACUGAUCAUGUCUUUUGGUCGCCUGUCAAUGGCGUUAAAUAACCUUUGACCCUCUAAUUGCUCUAACUUCUGUCAAAACACGGGAAACACCAGAUGAUAUAUUCAAGAGUAAUUCUAUAUCAUACAAUGUCAAAGGAUUGUACUCAGUAACAGUAAUACAGCAUUCUUUUGCUACAAAGCAUAAUUUUUAUAUUCACUACAUGCCGUUUUGCAACACAGUAAUACAGUAAAGACCUAAUUUAUUAAUAUAUUUCAAUAUUGAUCCAGCUUACUACAGCGUGCUACAUUGACAAGUUGCUAAUGCUUGGUGGCUAAACCGUACCAUAACGUUAUAAGGUUACAACAACGUUGAACUCGCUCAUAUAGUUAUUUUUAGUAUGAUUGUUUUUAGUGUGGUUAACAGUGCUAGGCUUACCCAUGAAUAAAGUAGCCACGUAACAUUAGCUGUAUGGGUAGUUGACUAAUCUAAUGCUAAGUUAGCCAGAGGAGACACUGACAUGAAAUAUAUUGUGAUAUUGUGGUUUUAGUGGCUGUCUAAUGUUCGCUUGCUUGCUUGCUGACAGUAAGCUACCACCACAAAUAGAAUCUAAGUAAUUAUGUGGGAAACACUGCAGCUAUGCCAUGAAUAAACGUAAUGUGAAUAAAACAAUAGAUUAAAAACGUCUAUGAACAGAUACAUUUUCAUCAGCAAUGGUGGUUAACAAUGAAGACAACAACUCCCAUGAUCCCACGCAACUUCACCAAGUCAUUAAAAGCCGUGUUUACAUCAAUGGUUUUGAUUGAGCUGCAGGAAAAUUACAUAUCGUUUAAGAUGCAGCUCUUAUAAAGUUAAAUCUAGACUAGUUAUGUCUGAUGGCUCUGUGGAUCUCUCUCCUAAAAGUCAUACAGGUACAGGUUGUUCAAAGUUGCAGAAGUGCAGCACAGAUGAAAUUUCUUGAUACUGCCAAACUAGUAGGGUACAGAGAGAUUUCAUAACUUAAAUAAUCAGACUGUUUACCCAAGCAAAUUAGACAGCUUAUCAAGAGGUUCUGUCAGCAAACAACUACCUGCUUACAAAUCCAGCAAACACAAGAACAACAGGAGCAUCCCACUAGAGCCAUGUUUAAGGCUACCAAAUUAAUGUUUAGUCCAGUAUUUACUUGCAUUUAAAUAAUUAGUUUGCAAGAAAAAUGGCUGCCUCUAGUGAUUUAAGAAGGAUGAAACUCAACCAUAAAUGACUUCUAUGCACACCCUUAAUUAGUAUCAUUUGUGUGUAAGUGUGUCCUCAUCAGACCUCCUCUCAGGACGUUCUGAGCAGACUGUCCAUCAACACAGACUCUCCUGUUAGCUCUUUGCACUUGUUAAAGCAACACAUUUUUAUCAUUUUUAUUACUACACAUCUGAUGAUCCCACCUUCACCCUGAGCAUAGGCCAAAUCAGCCAAACCCAUGUAAUAUUUAAUUGAAACCAGAGAAAACCUGAAGGAGUUUGAUUACUAGGAUUAUAUCACUGUAUGUAUUUGUAUGUAAUUAUUUAUUUUUAUUGUAAAUUUGUAAAUUAUACAGAUGGUUCUACCUCUAUUAAAUUUGUGUAAAUAAA